AGUAUAUUGUCGUGAAACCAGAUCAAGUGUCAGUAUUGAAAGGAUUAUUUAUACCUGGUUGUAGCAACUGUUCAUCUAAAGCGCAGAAACAAGCUGUAGGAAUAGUUGGUGCAGUCAUCAUGCCUCAUAAUUUCUAUUUACACUCGGCUCUUGUCAAGGUAGUAUUUAUGUGUGUAGCGUUAGUAGUAUGGAUGUGUGUAGCAGGCCUUAAAAUAUCUUUUCCAAGGCCGUCUGACAAAAUGUCCGGUGACGUUGAGUUUGGGUCGGACAUAUGUCCGAUGACUUUCAGUUCAGUUUUGACUCGGAAAUAUGUCUGAAUGACACAAAUGAAUAAACGGUAAAUGUUGUAAAGAUAUUAAAUAAUUUCUUUCAUACUUAUGUCCAAGCCAAAAUUAACUCACUUGCCAGAACAGCAGUGUUAAAAAAGACUUCGACAACUUAAGCCCGUUUUCCACUUCACCAUUUCGCUCGCCGCCCCGCGCUCGACUACGUUAAAACAACAUUUCCAGUACACCUUUUAUACAAUAGUACGUCGGACAAAGCUACAGUUCGGUCGGACAAUUCACUUGGGUCGGAUAAACAAUAAACCUCAGUUUCACUUUGGUCGGACAGAAUGUCCGGUGGUUUCCUCUCUACGUCGGACAAUUUCACGAAUGGGUCGGACAAUGUCCGUGACCGACCGAUAUUUUAAGGCCUGGUGUAGCGUUGGUAGUAUUGAUGUGUGUAGCGUUAAUAGUAUGGAUGUGUGUAGCGUUGGUAGUAUUGAUGUGUGUAGCGUUGGUAGUAUUGAUGUGUGUAGCGUUGGUAGUAUUGAUGUGUGUAGCGUUAGUAGUGUUGAUGUGUGUAGCGUUAGUAGUGUUGAUGUGUGUAGCGUUAGUAGUAUUGAUGUGUGUAGCAUUAGUAGUGUUGAUGUUAUGUAGCGUUAGUAGUAUUGAUGUGUGUAGAAUUAGUAGUGUUGAUGUGUGUAGCAUUAAUAGUAUUGAUGUGUGUAGCUUGAUGUGUGUAGCGUUUGUAGUAUUGAUGUGUGUAGCGUUUGUAGUAUUGAUGUGUGUAGCGUGGCGCCAUCUUUUUUGUUGUCGUUUAUUAAACGUUUGGGAAAUUUAGUUUUAAAAUUGUUUCUCUCCUCAGUUUUUAAGUUUGUUGAUGAAGUGUACCACCAGAGCAUCAAGUCGGAGUUUUGAAAAGCUUUACAAUCGCCACAAGGCGAAAUUUCCUCAAAUUGAGGGCAUAAAACAUCUUUAACAAACGACUGUAAAUGUUGUAAAUCGCCAGUCCACUUUGCAGCUUGCGCUUUUCAAAUAGUCAAUUUCGCUCGGUGUAGUCGCACAAUCGUCUUCCAUGACCUUAUAAAAUACGUUGUAAAUACGGCGCUAAAAAAUGUAGGUUUGAACGACUCAAUGACCUAACUGUUAAUUACUUUCAAAAAUAGUGUUUGGAAUAUUUUUCUGGUAAUUCAGACACAAACUACGCGGAAUCUGGCUUGCGGUUGCUGCGACCAAGUUAAUGCACACCGAUGUGAAAUAGUCAUAUCUUGCUAAUCGUUACUGAUUGUAGAAAUAUAUUUGACACGCCACCUUAUAUGGUCGUCACCGAUAACAACAACUGAGAAACCCGGAUUACAUUAAACUCAAACAGCCUGCUCUGCUGUAAAACGUAUCGUGAUUAAAUAAAUGGUUAUUGUUAUUAUUAUUAUUAUUAUUGAGCACCGUCAACCGUCCCGCUCGAAUGAACCCAUGCUUGAAUUGCAAAAUAGAACAACUAAUUGGUUCAGAAGUGAACAAACUUAUGAUCGAAGCUCGCUACUAUCUUUCUUACAGUCUUCACUAAAUCAAAUGUUUUAUUUUCAUAUAGUCGAGAAAAGUUGACAGAAGUAAACAUCAGGAAAUUAAGGAAGCUAAUAUGUAUUAUACUAUAGAAUCAGGUAUAACUGCUUCAUUGCAAGUUUUGGCAUACUUAAUUUCUUAGGGGGUGUUUAUAUGGAGACUUUGCCAUCCCGGGUACCCGAGCUAGCUCGCUUUGCCGCGCUGAUUUCAUCCCGCGUGUUCACAUGAGACCGCUAUAGAAAUAGUAUAAUAUAAAUAUGUUUUCCCACGAACCUGAAAUUAGCACUUUUGCGAGCAACUUUCACGGUUAUAACCACAGAAUCGUUCACAGAGGCGUUUUAAGAUCGAAAUCUGUCGAGAAGGUCUUAUUUAUAGCAGUAUAAUCGCGUGAACCGCACGCCAGGCGAGCCAGCCCGGGUCUUUGCAUUUAUGUGGGAAAUUCCCAGCCCCGUCACCUGAAGUCGAGACAAGAUUUUACUUAAGCGCAAAAUGAAAUUUCGUAGGAAAUAACAAAGGCGGGAUCUCGCCUAAACCAGGCCAGCUUGGAUUGGCUCGUCUUAUUUAAACAGCCUCUUAGUUUGUGUUUUAAUUACUGUUUAAGUUACUAAGAUAUAAUUUAAGUUACUAUAUAUGUCUUAUCUCCUAGGAAUUGCUUUAUUCAUAUCGUUCCUUAUCAAUUUAUUUGUCGUUACUGUUUUUGCGGAGGUAGGUUUAUACUACAUACAUCAAUACAUACAUACAUACAUACAUAGGUGUAUACUAUAUAUACAUACAUACAUACAUACAUAUAGGUGUAUACUAUAUAAGAAGAAAGCUGCGGUACAACUACAUGAAAAAUAGAGGGAGAACUUCGCGAGCGAAGAAUUUUAUUUCAUGUAGUGUCAUUGCGAAAAGUGGUUCCAGCCCAAAGCUCAAGGACAAAAGCAAGUAGUCGCUUCGCGCGAAAUAAUUCUCUAGUGGAAAACCGGCUUAAGGUGCAUCUGGUUUAGUCAGAAAUCGUAAAAUUCAAAUUUAUUAUUUUAUUCGUACGUUUUCAUUUCUUCCACUGUAGGGAUUAUAUGGCCGAUCAAAUAGCUAUGUGGUAGGUGAAUAUUAAUUAAUGAGCUAAAAUUGUGAUUACUGCGUGAUCAUGUCUCUUACCAACUAAAUCAUUUAAACAAUAACGUCAAGGACAAUCAUGUACUAUUAAAUAAUACCCUGGUUCCUAAAACUAAUACGUUUACAUGUUUGAGGGUAGAACAUUGAAAAUUGAACUAGGAGAAAUAGGAAUUAGGGCGAUGAGGCGCAUAAAACCCUGCAAGUAUGUCUCACCUGCAACUCUACAAACUAUUUAUAAAACAUUAGUACAGCCUUAUUUUGAUUAUUGUUCCCCUUUAUGGAACAAUUGCGGCAAAUUAAUCCAAGAUAAACUGCAAAAAUUCCAAAAUCGUGCGGCAAGGGUUAUUACCAGAGCCAGUUACGAUGUUAGAUCCGCUGAUAUGUUGGACACCCUUGGUGGGGAAACACUUAAUGUAAAAAGAUCGCGAAAUAGAUCAAUAUUAAUGUAUAAAAUACUGAAUGACCACACUGCCCGAAGUCUAAGAGAUUUGUUCCGCAAAAAAAAUGUAGGUCAGAAUAUACCUAUAUAAUCUUCGAAAUAGCGAAACAGAUUUAGCCCUUCCAAAUCCUAAAACUGAAUUUCUAUAGUGUGUCAUCUUGUGGAAAGAUCUUCCACACCUGUUAAAAUAAAAUAAAAUAAAUUCAGUCCCAAGAAACACAAAAGACUUGUGUCAAAAAUAGUAAAACAAUUCAGUCGCCUCAGGCUCUGUGAUUAUCGGGGAAUAUUCACCUCCUUCGUCUCGGUGAAUAUUCGCCGAUAAUCACCUCGCCUUUGGCGAAUAAUUGUUAAAUGUUUGUAAUAUAUUUUACUCUUUUGACUUGUGUUUUGAUUUCUUCUUUUUCAAUUUAUAUAUUUGUAAAUAAUUCUACUUAUUCUAGAUAUUUUAGUAAUUGUGUGACGCCCCUCGUGGAAAUCAGCUGCAUGUAUAUAGUUGUUCGAGGCUGGCGUGUUUAAAUAAAGUUUCACAUACAUACAUAUACGUUAUAUUCGUGGAAUUUUUGGAGUAAUUCGUAUUACUUAAUAAUUACGUAAUUCGUAUUAUUGUAAUUUUACGAUGUGUAUUUCUAUUUUUGCAGAAUGGAAUUUGCCAUGAUAAGAAUAUUCCUUCCCAUGGCGUUUUUCCGGUAAGAUAUCAUUCAUUUUUUAGUGCGAAGUUUCUUCGAAACUUUGCACUAUUGUGACGAGUGGCAAAAAUUCACAUCAGUGACCGAUCAGUCAUACAUCAGAUAAUGCCAUAUCUAAAAAACUUCAAGGUUGAACUAUUUUUAACGUUAAUUAAAACGGUAUUUGUAGCAAAAGUAAAAUUUAUUUUAUUUGCUUUGCCAACUAGGGCAGUGUCACCACAACAGCAUAUGCCAAUUACUGUCGGCCCUUUUAACUAACCCAUGCACCCUGUCAACUUUCCCUGUGGGGGGGAACCAGAGUUCCCGGAGAAAACCCACGACUUUCGGCAGAGCGUUGACUUUUGGUCUUCUCACAUGAGGACUGGGUUCGAGUGGCAUUGAGAAAGUUCUCAGUGAGAUUUGAGCCUGCGAGGUGAAAGGCAAGUGCGCUAACCACUUCCCCACCGAAGCCCCAUGAAAUAAUUAAAUAUAUCAUAAUAAUAAUGAAUUAAUAAUAAUUAUAAUUAUUUAAUAUUUUCCUAAAUUUGAUUCAGCUUUACGAUCAAUAUUUAAGUUGUACUAAACGUCUACAUCACAGCAAUGUUAAAAGUUUAAUAAGAUAACAAAUAUGGGGAUUCGUGCCAUGUGUUGUUCUAUGGCUUGCGUGGGCCGUGUGGAUUAGCACCCCCCGUAUCAUCAAGUUUUUGUGGGAACUGCAAGUCAGCAAAAUCAGCACGCACAAAUAAAUAUGGCGACGCGUAUGAGUUCUGCUCGAAAUUUUAGAACCGGCCUUGGGCAAACGAUUUAACAUUGAUAUGUAUUAUUUCGCUGCAAUUUUACACUAUAUUUCAGAGCUAAAGGCCCGAAUUUCGCCUCAAAAGUCAAAACAUGUCAAUUAUAUUUGUUGACCAUUUGCCGAUUUGAAAAUAUCCAAGACAGGGUUGACUGAUAUUGUCAAUGUUGAAAGUGUUGUGUGCGAUUUUGCCGAUGAUUUAAGGUACGUUACCUUCAAAUUAUAUUUACUAAUGAUUUAUUACAUGUACACGAUAUCUGGUGUUAUUUAUAAUUAUUUGCAUACUGUUCUCUAAAGUAUUUUGCAUGUUUAUUUAUAAUUUUCUUUAAUAUAGGUAAUAAUAUAGAUGAAAAAAUUUCUUGAUGCUGAUUGGAGUGCAAUUACAGCAUUUGCAACAAACUCACUCGUGCAUGUUUUUUUCCAAAUUGCACUCGAAACCAUGCUAUUACCUAUACUUAUAGUGAUAUUUUAAUUGUCAAUUUAAUAUCGUAGCUCAAUUUACUGUAUAUCACGAAAUUUAGUUAAACAACUAUAUUCAGGGGCGUAGGAAGCAUCAAAAAGUGGGGCACCGGCUUCCAGGGCACUUUUAGAUUUUGAAAAGGGCACCUAAAAAUUUUCCAGGAAAUGUGGCGACGUGGGAGGGGGAUUUCCCGCCAUACUAUACCGAAAUUGCGCGUUUUUGACCAGAUUUCUUUUAAAAACAUCGAAAUUUCCAAACAAAAAGGCACCUUCGAUGUUAAUGUAGUAUUUACAGCAACAUUAGCUUCUAGAAAAAGGGCAAUUUUCAUCCCAAAAAAGGCACUUUUAGUCCUUUGAAAAAAUUUAGGGGGGGGGGAGGGUGGCACGUGCCCCCUGUGCCCCUUCGGUUCCUACGCCCCUGACUAUAUUCUAUGACUGUAGCCAGUAUAGGCAGACACGUUACUUUAUAAAUAACAUGAAAUAUAAUAUCUUUGUCUAUUAUACAUGACUAUAUAUAACAAGACGCCUGCUCAGGCGUUCACACUGGCCUUAUAAUGCGUGGCUGCGUGCUAAUACGCAGGUAAUAUACUACAAACAUUCGACUAUGUUGGGUUUAAAAAUUCAAUGAAAACUACAUAAAUAUAUAGUAAACGAACCGAAGGCCCCCAAGUCACAAACGUUUAAGGAUUUUAAAACGUCCGUAGGCAGGCUAUAGCUAGGAUUCAGCUAACAUUAAUAUGCAGGUAAUAUACCAGAAACAUUUGAGUAUGCUAAGUUUCAAAAUUCAAAGAACACUAUAUCAUUAGUAAUAAACAAACAAGACAAAAAAUCCUAUCGCAUAUAGUUUCCGAUCCUUAGCUGGCGGCCAUUUUGACUUGAGCCUGCGAUCCAUUGCAGGUCAGCGGUUCACUUCAUGAACGUAGGUCGAUUUCACGUUGAGGAAAAAUCUCGAAGAAUUUUCGCACAGAAAAUUAGGGAACCUAAACACUGGGCCUUACGGCCAGUGUAAUAAAUGUUUGUUUAGGCUCGUCUAUAUUAAAUCUAUACUAGAAAUACAUGCAUGCAACAACCCCUCGCCCGAUAUUUUCCAAACCUUGUUUCAACAUGAAGUAUUCAUAAUACGCCAACACGAAUCACGAUUUUUUAAAUUUUUGUGCAAAGCUGCAAAAAAUAGAUGAAACUUGAACACUUUUAAACACAGAACUAUCCAUUUCUAAAAUAUAUAAAGUAGGUAUAUUAUUUUGGUUUCUAUGGGCUUUAUUUUAAUGUAAAAUUCAAAACGAAACUCUACGUAAAACGUUUUUAAAUGUGAAUUGAAAUCAGCUGCUUUUUGCCGAUAUUUAUAUAAACUCUUCAACUCAAGCUUCUACUUAUUACUCGCACCUUGAAAGGAAAUAAAUUUAAUUCGUACAGGACGCUGAUAAAAAUAAUUUGCUUUCUUUUUUAUAAUGAACUUCAACAUGCAAAGGUUAAUUUAACUAAGAAACGUUCGCAAACAAUGGACAGGAAUGACUUGAACAUCGAGAACAAAGUCCACAUUAAUACAAAGUCAUACAUAAACAAUUGAAACAACCUUGCCCUACACUUUAGGAUUUCUCAUACUAAAUCAGUUCUUAUAAAUGUUUACGUUUACUGUAAAAAUGGUAAAAAGUUUUACAAUAACAUGCAUUUUUUAUAUUUGUUGCCUCUUCACUCCUGGCAAACAGCCAUAUUUUGAGAUCAGUGAGAUGACCACUCACGGUAACCCACGCCCGCGAUCAUUGAUGAACUUUGGAUUUCGCUAAUGCUUUCGUUUCGCCGGGUGUAAAUAGCCGGGAGGAAUAAUUUCAACCCUAAUCUAUCUUUCUAUGAAAAUUAAUCUGCUAUAAAAGCAUAGUCAUAUAGCGACAGCAUUUUGCUGAUAUAAAAAUAUAAUUUGCGUGCUGUAUAGUCUCAUAUAGUCUGUACCCUCAAUCGGUAUCGCAGAAUUUGACAAAUGAUGUAAACAAUAAUGUUUUAAUAAGGCCUGCAUAUUGUAACGUGUGCACAGCCACAAUGAGUUUUAUUAAUACGAUAUGGUCUUGGAUAGUUGCUACCUUUCCAUUAUAGCAGUCGGUAUUCAUAAUUUUGUUAAAAAUAUAGCCCUGACAACUAUUUUGAAUCUAAAUAAAGCCAUAAAAACAAACUAAAUUGUUUUAUGAAUUAUUACUCUAUUUAAAUAGUUGUCUAGGGCCAUACUAUUUUUGACAAAACUACUUUUCCAUCACUUUUACCAGCCUACUUUACUUUUCCAGCCCGCUCUAUAAUUUUAUUUUAUAUUUUUCAGCCCGCGCAGAUGCAUAGUUAUAUCUGGCCAAAGAAAGGAGAGUUUCUUUGAUUUUGAAUGGCAAGAAGCUCUCACAUCAAUAACCACAAUGAUGCACUGAUUUUUUCGAGAACUGACGUCAAUGUGACAACAUACAUACGAACUUAAUUCAUACAUACGAACUUAAUUCAAUACCUCCCAGGGCGCUGAAAAUCACUGCAGAGGAGUUGGCUGGUUCGCUCACUACCAUAUACAAUCAGGUACUUGUACACGGAGAUUGGACUGCGGAUUGGAAAUGGGGAGAAUGGAUUCCAAUACAUAAAAAAGAUGAUCACUUAUCGAAGGAAAACUACAGACCGGUUACUAUAUUGAUCGCUGUUGAUAAAGUGUUCGAACAGCUUCUAUGCGAGCAACUACUAUGUGAAUUAAUAGAUAAGAUCUUUGAUGAUUUUAUGUCCGCGUAUAGGAAAUCGUAUAGUUGCGAGACCACUCUAAUUCGUCUAGUGGAGGACUGGAAACAUGUACUCGAUCACAACAAAGCCGUAGGAGUAUUAUUAUCAGAUAUGAGUAAAGCAACGUCAAGCAUAUGGUAUGUCAAAUAGUUCCUUGGCAAUCCUAGAAUCCUACUUUACGGACCGUAAAAACAGGGUAAGACUUGGCAAUUAUGUUAGCAGCGAUUGGAAAAAUGUUACGCGUGGACCUGUUUUGUGGAGUAUAUAUCAAAUUACAAAACGAUCUGUUCUACGAGAACAAAAGCUCACAACUCUCAAUGUAUGCAGAUGAUCAGCAACUCUAUUCUUUAAAUCCAACAAUCGAAGCGGCAUCAAUGGUGCUGGAGAUGGAUGGAAGAAUUACGGGAGAAUGGUACAUUUGGAAGCCAACCUUAGUAAAUACCAGGUUAUGAUGAUGACCAAAGGUAAUGGCAAUAUUACAGAUGUGGAUAUCGAUAAAUAUACAAUACGUCAGACGAAACAGAUGAAGCUUCUUGGAGAACUUUGGAUAAAGAUCUAAUUUAAUUUCUCAGGCUGAGAAAGAUGAGAGAUGAGGCUUAUAUAUAAAGCAGCUAUUAUGCCAUACUUUAAUUACUGUAGUCUUGUCUGGCAUUUUUGUAAGGGAAGUGAAAAAAAUAAACUAGAGCAGACUAAUGAAAGAUGGCUAAGAGCAGUUUUUUGCGACUGGGUUCCUCUUACGCAGAGCUCUUAACGAGGCUAAUAUGACCACAUUAUAUAAUAUUCGGUUGCAAAAUAUAGCAAUCUUCAUGUGUAAAAUUAAACAAAAACUGUUACCAAACAGUAUUCUAGAUUUAAAAGUACUCAGUUGACUUAUAAUCUUAGGAACUCUGAUUUUCGUCGCCCUAGAUUUAAUGGGAUCAAAUACGUACGGCAAACAUUUCUUAAGAUACUUCGGUCCGUAUUUAUGGGACAAAAUUUUACCAGAAUUAAGAACUCUACCUUCUAUUCAAAGCUUUAAAGGCCUGAUUCCACGGGCGCUUUUUCUCGGCGAAAUGCGAAAUAUUUCGCUUGUUUCUUUUGAAUUGUGAGCAAUCAAGUAGAAAUAAUUUAUUCGAGUGGUCGCAAUUCAAAAGAAACAGGCGAAAUAUUUCGCAUUUCGCCGAGAACAAGCGCCCGUGGAAUCAGGCCUUAAGAACAAUAUCAGGAAAGCAGAUUUGGCCGACUUAGGCAGCGUUUACACUGUACCGUUUUCGUAGCGUUCUCGUAUUGUUUGAGAGAACUAGACUAUUGUCUUGCGUUCCCUUGAGGAUUAAGAACAAUACGAGAACGCUACGAAAACGGUACAGUGUAAACGCUGCCUUAGUUGACACCAAUUCUUAUAAGAAUUGUGCCAUAAGUGUAGCAUUUAGUACUAUAAUAUUUAAAUAAUCAGAUUAUGCAUGCACAUGAAUAUGUAAAUAGUAAAUUAGCUAGACGUAAUUGUUUUAUAUUGUUGUAAAUAGGAUUAUUUUAAGUCUCCCCGAUUAGUGAAAGCUUGAUUCUUUUGUUAUAAGACAUGACACAAUAAUAAAGUUAUCAAUUAAUUAUCACAGAUGUCCUUGCCUGUCAUAAAAGACAUUGUUGAGUUAAGCAAGCACAUCUACUGUGUAAAUUCGUUGGUUUUGAUGUCAAUUAUAGGCACUUAAAGAAACCAGGUGAUCUUGAUACGCGGAAAAAUACUGGCACUAGUUGUCAAAUAGAAAUCCAUUUUAUGAUUAAAACAACUGAAUAUCUCCUGUAAUAUACUUUAUUUCGAUUCCAUAUUUUUGUCAGAGCUAUAGUUCCCAUAACCAAACAUAAUUACAAAAUUUCAACUAGUUUCAUAAAGAAUAGUGAAAGAUAUAAUUGUCUGAAUACAUCAAAAUGGAUUUCUAUUCGGACAACCCUUUCUGAGCGCUGAUUGCCUAAAAUACGAACACGAGAUCACCUGGAAGACAAUAGAGUAUACCAGAAUUAAGUCUUGCCAGGCAAAUAAAUUAUCUAAACACUAUCUUGUAGUUCUGUUAUCAUUUACUGUCGGAAUAGUUCGGACCACAUCAUUUGCAACUCAGUUUGAGUUGCAAAGCUAUGAACAAUGUUUCCAUAAUUUUUCAAACUUUGCACUAUCCUUGGAUCCCUGGUCUUCUAUCCUGCUGGAAAUACAAUAUUACUCCUGUACAGUACUUUUACUACACUAAAGCCCGGAUCAAACGCGGAUUAGAGUGCACGAGUGUCACACGUCCUUGGUUAGCUGUUCUUAAUGCUUUACCAACAAUAUCAAGUUGAAACAUAGUUGGAACUCUCCUCACACCUCGUUUGACUGGGGCUUCAUUUGUGCAAACUUUCGUGACCCAUGCAUGCUAAACUGACAGUCAAUAUGAUCUAUCUAUCGAUUAAUCAUUCAGUGGAGUCAUCAAUUGAUUAUUUCAUUAAUCAUCCCCUAUGUCUAUUAUUCUACCUUCCAUCUUCAUUCAAAACCACUCAGUUAUUGCCAGUAAACCAGGCAACUAACAGUUGAGCAAGCAACCAGUCGUCAAGUGAAUAUACUAAAUUACAACUGCGAUCUAACCAAGUGUAUCUCAUUCCCCAUUUGAGCUUGUUGCAACGUUUUUGUAAUGUAUUUUUAGAACAAUUCAGACAGUGUUGACGGUGAUCUUUAUAAAGGGGUAAGUAAUUGUUCGUAAUGAGUUGAUAUAUCAUGAUCGCCGAUUUUGAUUAAGGACACCUUUGGUAAGUUAGUUUUUCUUCAGGAAAUUAGUGGAAAGAGCUACAUGUAGAAAUUAGAAAAGCUCGUGCUAAUCACGUGAUCUCAUGAUCAGGGUAUAUAGUUGGUUCAAAGCCGGAUUAGCGCUAAUCUUCGGUUAAGUACAGCCCGCUGUUUUGAUUUGAGUACAUUUGCAAAUCCGUUUAUUUCAAGCUUUAGAGACAAAAACUUCUGGAAAAUAUUUGCAUGUUUCUAAACAACCGGUUGAGAAGAUUGCUUUGAAGUUUUUUAUCCACCUAGGAUUAAGUUCACCGGCUUUUGAACAACGCGGCCCAUGCAUAAAAUUAGUUAACACAAAUAGUACAAAAACUAAGAAUGACAUACUGACCAAAUGUCACAGUAUAACAUGGUUACUGGAAACCAAUAAGAAAUUCCUUUCGAGGUUGUAAAAAAAAUUCCAACGACAUCUUACCAUUCUCAUAAAUAAGAUUCGUAUGUGUUUUGUUUUUGAUCAACAGUAUGUAGAUUUCUGUCGCAUGCACUGAAUAAUGCUAUGUCUCUAGGGUAUAUAUCUUGGUUGUAAAUAUGGCUCUGCAGCAUUAUAUAUCUGGAGUAUUGGUAUUUUAGCUGCUGGACAGAGUUCCACAAUGACUGUAAGUAGAAUGCGUAUAAAAAAACUGGAAAUGUUUUGUAUCAUAAUUGUGCACUGGACUGAAAAAUAACGUGUUUGCUUUUCGAUAAAUCAUCAAGUGUACAGUAUCCAGUUUAAGUUGUUACAGUAUCCACUAGUUUAGUCUAUUUGAAAUAUUUAUACAAAAACAUGUUCAGUAUAAAGUAUUUUUUCAUGUCAAGGAAUAAUAUAGUAGUCAAUAUAUGUCAAGGAAUAGUAUAGUAGUCACAAUGAGACCGUAAAUGCACUGCAUCGGUACCUAUAUAUGAACAGGCUUCGUCUUUAAAAUCGUGUUCACAGAAUAUUAAACAGACCAACAUUGUACAUAAAGUUUCUGCUUUGGAAUGAGUGUCGCAAAAGAUCUCAUUACUAUGUUACUGUUUAUACAUACCUUAAAUAGUGAAAUUUGACGAUCAUCUUUAGGGCACAAUUCCACUGAAAAACACAUUAUACAAUAUUGUAGACAAUAAACAUGUGUCUUACAUAAAUAAACAUUAUUUAAUCAAUAUCGCCUUCCUGAUCGAGAUUAUUUGCCAUCAAAAACACACAUUUGGACACAACCUCCGUUUUAUGGCAUAUUUGAGCGACGAAUGAGGGAUUUUCCGAUUGCAACAAGUAAUGUUAUCUCGGAUGUUUUGUAUAGUUGCUAUGUAAGUCUACCGCCUUGUAUUUCCUUUUAAUUCACAUGCAACUGUAUGACAGUUCAGCAAAAUUCGACUUUUGGUUGUUUCGAACAAAAAUGCAUUGACAAACAAGAAAGCACUCGCUGUGAAUUAGUUGCAGAUAGCUGAACAAACUCGAAUAUGAAGCAUUGCCAAACUUGACAUUGAUCAUGUGGUUGUUUAGUGUAUAUUGUGUAAUAUCAAGUUUUCAAUUUUAAUACAGGGUACCUAUGCAGGACAGUUUGCGAUGGAGGUAAGUGCCUCGUCAUUUCACUGAAGAAGUCUGCUUUACAUUGCUACUGCAAUUCAAAGAAAACUCCUGAAGCUAUACGAUUUUAAUAUUCAUCGUGCU